GGGUUUCCUGCCUGGGCAGGGGGUAGGACUAGAAGACAUCCAAGGUCCCUUCCAACUCUGCUAUUGUAUUGUAACUCUGGACACUUCACAGUGCUAAACAAUAAAAACAGUAUAAAUACAAAUGCAAAAAAGCAGUGAAAUAUAAUACGCAGACUAUGAAGGUAUUAAUCCUUAAUAACAAAUUCACUAACAUCGAACUCCAUUAACAACUUAGUCUUAAUGCUUAUAUGAGAAAAACUAGUUUUGUUACAGCUUUCCUUAAGGCCAGUAGGGUCAGUGCCAUCCUGAUUUCCAAGGGGAAGAUUUUCCACUGGGCAGACAUGGCAACAGAAAAGAAAUGUCCCUCAUGUCUGCAUAAUGACCCUAUUUUACUAAAACAGAGCUGUCAAACUCAUGGCCCAUGGGCCAGAUGCAUCAUAUACUGGCCAUGGCCACGCCCGGUUUAGUGAAGGGGGGGGAAGUCACAAUACAUCACGUGAUGCCAUUGUCACAACACGAGUUUGACAUCCUUUCACUAAAGGGAUCCAGCAUAUGCUCACCCUCCCAGAUCUGGUGAGAUGGGCACAAAUGAAUGGAAACGGACAGGCUCACCUGUGAUCUGGCCUUGUGCCAGAUCGAGCUUUAAAGGUGAUAGCCAGCACUUUGAAUUGCACCUGGAAGAAUACCGGGAACCUUAAUACAGCUCAUACAUCUGAGGAGUUACAUGGGCAAACUUCAGUACAUGCAGUGCUACACAUGCUGGUAUAUUAUGGAUCAACUGAAGCUUCUGAAUGCUUUCCAAAGAUAGCCCCAUGUGCAGUGUGUUGCAACAAGACAGAGAAUGCUAAAGCAUGAGUACCUGUGAGCAGAGUCUCCUGAUCUAGCAGCAGUGCAACUGGAGGAUAAGAUGAACCAGGGUAAAGGCCGUCCUAUUCUCCCACCAAUUUUAAGCUUGUAUGCCUGACUUCUAUCUUAAUUUCCAGUCAUCCUAAUUAUUUAAUGUAAAGCAUUUCUGGGUCUCUACUUUUUCCAUCUUUUUUUUUCUUAAUAGGGGCAGAAACAGCUGUACAAAGAAAUUCCCUCCACAGACUAUCCUUGUAACCUAAGGAGAGUUGACCUGACCUGACUUGAGAAAACCAAGGACAAUGUGCUCCUGUAUCAAAAUAUAAAUUAAAAGGGAGUGAUUCAGUGGAAUAUGAAGCAUGUGCUUCCUGAUUCUUUUUAGGUCUCGAGUCCACGGUGAACGUGCCUGGAAAUUAAUACAUUAUAGCAGCACAAAGUCCCGGCAGGUGCAGCCAGGAACAGACCUUAUCUUUUCCACCCAGAAGUUUGAACACUGAGGUGUAGACUUCCAAGAAUGGGAUGUGGCCUAAUGAAGCUUUUGCAGGAAAGCCUUUGCCCGAUCAUGCAAAUGUGGCCAGCUGUGGCAGCCCCUUCCAGAUAGCGCCCGAGGGGACUUCAUGGAGGGACCUAGCUCCCUGUCCAAAGAUCCAUCUCCAAGACAAUACGGUUCCUUACCAACCGUCCAGCCUAAGCCUUCCCUUGACAACGUGCAGCCCAGAAAACAGCCCUCUGAACAAUCUUGCAUCCCAAGCACUGGCCACCAACUCUUUAGUUUCAGAAAAAGUUUCUGUGCCCCCUACCAAAAGACACUGUCGUUCACUCUCAGUGCCCGAAGACCUUUCCCGCUGGCAAGCUGUCUGGAGGCCCCUGGGCUCCAAAGUGUGGACACAUAUCAAACGUCGGGAGGCCAGUGGAGUGGACACUUUAGCAGUACAAUCCAAGAACCUGGUUCAGGAAGCCAACAGACUUUGCUUCAAUCCAGUCCCCAGUGCCUCUUAUCAGUGUGUUCAAGAUGGUGCUGUUGGUGGCAGGAGCCCACCAUUUUUCAGUCUGGCUCUGUCUCGAGAAUCGCCAGCAAGUGUACCAUGGGAGACUGGAGAGACUUUGCAGCCCUACCCUCUGCAACGCCGUUUCUCUCUGUCACCGGUCAGAUUCUUGCCAUCCCCCCAGAGCUCUACCACUUCCACACCAGAGCUCCUUCGGCACCAGCACAGCCUCCCUCGCAGCCGCUCACAGCCUUGUGACUUGGACACCAGGAAAUGUGGUCUCAAGCGGCGCCAUGAAGAGGAUGUGAGGUGGCAUAGGCCCUCACUUGAUUUCUACAAGAUGAAUCAGAAACCAUUUGCAGGGGAAGUCUGUCAGUUAGACAGAUCUGAGGAAGGUGGCUAUCCAUCAUGGCUCUUGACUUGCAGCCCACAAUCGCCCUCAGCUCCUUGCAGUCCCAUUAAUAAUUGUAUCCAGGUGCUCAGUGAAAGUGAAGAGGAUGAUGAAGAAGAAGCAGCAGUACAAGCAGCAAGACAAAUAAAUUGGAAUUUAGCAAGCAAAAGGACACUCUUCCAACCAGACUUUAGUGAUCUGGAUCUAACUUUGAUUGAAGAGAACUAGCAUUUUGGAUGUCUCCUUGAAAAACUGACUUUGGAGUCAGCCGAGAAGGGAGGCUGCACUCCUGGAUGAGGGUGGGGGAGCGGGGUGGGGGGUAGAAGGGAAAGUGGCGGUAGGAUAACGGGGUUUUGUCUGCUUGUUUCUUUUGUAUUAAAAGAGAAAAUAAAAAGAAAUUACUAAAGGGAGUUGUAUGUCUCUAAGAUGGGAUGAUGAAGCCUGUCAAACAUAAGGAGACAGGAAGAAAACCUUGCCAGCAAUUUGACAAAUUUGCUUUUAUUGGCAAGCCUUUUGGUCUGUCCCAGAUCACAACACUCAGAGACCUUUAUUUAAAAGAAAGAAAAUAUGAUAUCUACUUAAUAAAGUCCUACAUAUAAGCAUAACAAUACAAUUGAUUGCUUUUUUAAAAUUAAAAAUACAGUGAU